CGGUCUCCAGCGCCGUCUCCAUCGUUUCUACCUCCAAUUUCAUGCUGCUGUCCUUCAGAAUGACCAACGGGAAUAAAAAUUUCAGAGGAUACUUUGAGGCAAUCGCUGAGGAAGUUUGUAUGUCUCAAAUUGAGACCCGGUUGGAGCCUGGCAUCAGAGAUCGAAUGUACAGCCCCUUCUACCCCAGCAUGCUGCCCCCACAGUGCUCCUGUACGUGGAAGUUUAAGACCAGGAACUCCAGUUUAGGAGUUGCACUGCGCUUCCACAACUAUGUUCUGAAACCGAAGGACAUGAAUGGCUGUGACCAAGGCUGGUGGAAGGUCAAUGAAGUCAUUUACUGUGGAAGCUACGUGGGACAUGACACGGUUUUUCGGAUUGCUGACUACAAUCCAGAGGUGGAGUUUCGCUGCAGCUCACGUACCUCUGCUCAGCCUUUUCAGGCAUCUUAUAGCAGCUACUUUAUGAACCAGCCCUGUCCAGAGAGCCAUUUCUUGUGCAACACGGGACUGUGUGUGCAGAAGACUCGACUGUGCGAUGGCCUGGAUGAUUGCCAGGAUGAGAGUGACGAGGUCUUCUGCUCAAGGCCCACGAUGAGCUGUGGUGCCAAUAGUCCCCUGCAUCCUCUGCUAGUAUGCAAUGGAGAGACAGACUGCACGGAUGGAGGCGAUGAACUCAACUGCACUCAUGAAACGACCUGCUCUGCAAUCAGAUAUCAGUGCAAAAGCGGCUCCUGCAUCCUGAAAAAGAACGCAAAGUGUGACGGACUCGAUGACUGUCAGGAUCGCAGUGAUGAGGCCGACUGUGCUUGUGGUCGUCCCUCCCCAUUGACCAGGGUGUUCAGGUCAACUGGCUUGGAGCGUAUCGUGGGUGGAGUAAACUCUGCAGAGGGGGAGUGGCCUUGGCAGGUCAGCCUCUAUUUUGAUGGUCACCUGUACUGCGGUGCUUCUGUCCUCUCCACUGAUUGGCUCGUCUCAGCUGCUCACUGCUUCAACAAGCAAAGGCUCUCUGAUCCACGUUACUGGAGAGCCCACCUCGGCAUGCUGACACAAGGCAGUGCCAAGUACGUGGUGGAGAUACAGCGGAUUGUGGUGCACGAGUAUUAUAACGCUCAAAUGUUUGACUAUGACAUCGCGCUGCUGCAGCUGAAGAAGCCUUGGCCACCCUCCCUCAGCCCGCUGGUCCAGCCUGUGUGCCUACCGCCCUCCUCCCACACCGUCACCGACAGCCACCGCUGUGUAGUGACUGGGUGGGGAUACCGAACUGAGGAUGACACAGUGCUUUCCUUGGUGCUACAGAAAGCAGAGGUGUCUGUAAUGAGUCAGACGGAGUGUAAGAAGCGAUACGGAAUCAUCUCACCACGCAUGCUGUGUGCUGGAGUCCCCUCAGGAGGGCGGGAUGCCUGCAAGGGAGAUUCGGGUGGCCCUUUGUCAUGUCAGGCACCAGGCGGGGGUCGCUGGUUCCUGAUUGGGAUUGUCAGCUGGGGGUCCGGUUGCGGCAGACCAAACCUACCCGGGGUCUACAGCAGGGUCACCAAGUUCACCUCUUGGAUCUACAGCCAUAUCAGAUUGCUCUCAUUGUGCCCGCACUGCAUUCUGGGGCUCCGUGUGACACCUGCCGCCAGGUUCAGAGGAAGCGACAGCGGGGAUUUCCUCUCUCUCCAUCGUUUCUAUGCCCGGGGUAUUGUUGCAUAUCGCCUCUCCGGAGCUAAACGGGACAGUGCUAUGUGGACUCUCCCCAAAAGCAAGAUUUGUGAAGUGUACUGCGUCUCCGGGCAUGGACACUCAGGCUACGCUGCUGCACAGGGAGAAGGGAACUUAAAGCCCACCCAUUCACUGAGCCCCCCCACGAAGCCUGAGGACCAGGCAGAAGAGAACGUGGAGGGGGUAAAAGCUCCAGUGUGUGACUCCUGGAGGAGAUGGAUGUUGGGUCUCUUGCCUUUCUUUCCCUUUAUUGCAGCCAUUGCACUGACACUCCACUACUUAACAUCUCCGCCUUGCUCAGUGUUCUUUCUCGGAGGCAGCGUGGAGUUCCCAAACCUGAGCUUCUCCUCGGAGCUGGCUGACUCCACCUCCCCUCAGUUCCGCCUGCAGGCUCAGGCUUUGAACCAUUAUUUCUCAGACCUCUACAAGUCCUCUCCGUGGAGCCCUUACCACGUACGCUCAGGAAUUACUGCCUUCAGUGAAGGAGCAGAAGGGCUCACCGUCUUCUACUGGAGUAAAUUCUCUGCACCAGACAAUGUUGCGAUGGAAAUUCAGACCUCCAGCCCAGAGAAGCUGCAACGGCGGCUUCCCGGCAGCAACAAGAUUCAGCGGGAAAGCCGCAACGAGCAGCGCUACUUUAUGCAGCAGGAUGAUGACAUACUUCCCUUACUGGGUUUGGACCCUGACGACUUUGAUCCAGAUGAAAGAUCUGACAAAAUCAAAAAUCCAAAUAGUAUCCAGGGCGGGAAAUGGCAGCUUGGCUUCCAAGCCAUGUCCUUUGACCUCUAUGCCAAAUAUGGUAACAACCGCACCCUGAGCCUUGUGAGUCCCAAAAAGCCAUACUACCAGUGGAGACUUCGUGUGCCCUCGGGUCACGUGGUUCGAUUGGUCGUCCUCACCCUUCAUGGCGCCACACCAGGAAGCUGCACUGCUCACAAGCUCUCUGCAUAUGACUUCUUACUUCCUUUACAGAACAAGAUAAUCGCCAGGUGGUGUGGGCUGCCUAUUUCAGGCUCAUCUCCGGUUAUGAAGCUGACAUCCUCUGGGAAUGUGAUGCUAGUCACGUUCUCUUUCAGCAGACAGAGGGAUGGAGCCAUCUUUAAAGCUUACUUCCAGGCCAUCCCAAAAGCAGGUUGUGGAGGGUCAAUUUCCUCCUGGAAUGGGUCUAUUUCCUCACCCUACUACCCUUCCUAUUAUCCUCCAAAUAUAGACUGCAUUUGGACACUGAGGGUGCCAUUACCAGGAUACCUGAUCUCCAUAACUAUCGUGACAAUGGACAUUCAGGAUUCUCCAUCAUCAGACGGCUGUGAGAAGGACUGGCUGGACAUCGGAGGAGUGAAAUUGUGCAAUCCAGUGUCAAACAGCGGCAAAAAGCGAGUCUACUCCUCUCCUCUGACCCUCCACUUCCACUCUGAUGAAUCUCUCACCAACAAGGGCUUCUACUUGCUAUACCGAGCCUUCGCCCCAGAGGGCACGUGCCCUCGCCAGUUUCGCUGUGGAGAUAGUCGCUGUAUCCCUCUGAAGAAGGUGUGCGAUGGAGUAAAGGACUGCUCAGACGGACGGGACGAGGCUAAAUGCUCAUCCUGCAAGCCAGGGGAACUGUUGUGUGGGAACAACCAGUGCAAACCUCAAAGCCAGUGUGUCAGUCAGAGCAUUUGUGCGGACAGCAGUGAGGAGGGCAGCUGUGGAGGUAAAUGUUACCACGUCUGUCCCAACAAGGUGUGUUUGUCUAAGUCGUCUGUGUGUGAUGGUGUCAUUGACUGCAAAGACCGCAGCGAUGAGCUCAACUGCACCAGAGCAUAUGUUAAAGGCUGCUCCUCAUCCUCCUACAAAUGUGCCAAUGGGAAGUGUGUCAGUAAGGUCAACCCGGAGUGUGACGGCGUUAAAGACUGCUACGAUGGCUCUGAUGAGCUGCGCUGUGGCUGUGGAACCAGGCCCAAAAAACGCACCAAGAUAGUGGGAGGGAGUGACGCCGUAGCUGGGUCAUGGCCAUGGCAGGUCAGCCUCCAGAUGGAUCGUUACGGGCAUGUCUGUGGAGCCACGCUGGUCUCAAACCGCUGGCUUAUCUCUGCUGCUCAUUGUUUCCAGGACUCUGACGCCAUUAAAUACUCAGAUGCACGUGCGUGGCGUGCAUACAUGGGAAUGCGUGUGAUGACCACAGGAAACCAAGGAGCAGCCACCAGACCGAUCCGCCGCAUCCUCCUCCACCCACAGUAUGACCAGUUCACGUCUGAUUAUGACAUCGCCCUCCUCGAGCUCAGCGCACCUGUUUUUUUCAGUGACUUGGUGCAGCCUGUGUGCGUCCCCGCCUCCUCUCACACUUUCACCACAGGGACCAGCUGCUAUGUCACAGGUUGGGGAGUCCUUAUGGAGGAUGGUGAAUUAGCCUCUCGCCUACAAGAGGCCUCAGUGAAGAUCAUAAAUAGAAGCACCUGCAACAAGCUGUAUGAUGACGCCGUCACCCCCAGGAUGCUGUGUGCUGGGAAUCUGCAGGGAGGUGUGGAUGCAUGUCAAGGUGACUCUGGGGGUCCAUUAGUGUGUCUGGAGCGAGGCAGGCGGUGGUUCCUGGCGGGAAUCGUGAGCUGGGGCGAGGGCUGUGCCAGGCAGAACCGCCCCGGCGUCUACACACAGGUGGUCAAAUUCACCGACUGGAUUCGUCAGCAGACCAAGGGACAGGUCUGACCAAUCAAACGUCUUACUCACGUGAACUACACGACAGAGCUAACGCACAGGAAGGAGGUUUCAGACCUGAAGUCUGUCUUCAGAUUGUCGUCAUGACGGAUGGCAACACAAUGAGUCAGUUUUUGGCAGUGUGUCCAAGGCAUUGGGCCAGUGGGGGCAUCAUCCCUGUUCCAAACCUUCCUGCUUCCUCAUAUUCCUCAAACAACGGCAGUAAUGUUGCAUGGACAAAAAAGAAAAAAAAAUCUGAUCUUAAGCUGAUUACCGAUUCACUUGUUUUGGCUUGCUGCAUUUCAAAGGUUAACACUGGAAUCCAAGACAAACAAUGUCAUUCAAGAAACUAGUCCAGCUACAUAAAUUGCACUGCUCGCUCUAGAGCUGUGGAAGGCUCUGCAGCCUGCAACAUGCUUUAUGAAUUACACUCCCAAGCUCCCAUCAAGAGGCUGUUUUUUGUUUUUAAUUUUUUUUUACAUUUGGUGAAGUUCCCUGUAAAAGUCUUCACAUUUGGCACCAAACACCAGCCUGUCGUAAUUACACACAGGCUGGUACGCAUCAGGUUUCAGAGCAGAUCUGAGGUGGGCUACAUUAUCCUGUGCGUGUAAAUGUUGCCAAUUACUUCCUGUUUUUUCAUUCACAGCUACAUUGUUCACUGCAGAAACAAACCAUGUCCUGUGCUGCAUGCAGUCUUAUUGUGAAAAGAGUUCUUUCUUGAACAAUACAUGUAACCCUGUAUUUUUGUACUCAUUUGCAUUUCCCCGUGUACUGUAUGCUACUGGAUGUGUUCACAGCUCUCUCUGAGUUUAAGAGUUGUUCUUGUACUGUAUAUGUACGUCUGUGCCUUUGUAUAUCACACAGUCAUAGCUUUAUGUGCGGUAUAUGCUGUAACUGUAGAUAAGAACAGUCCAUCCAUAGUAGGUGCUUUUCAGUUUUACUGUGAUUUAAUUUAUCUUAACGGUGCCACUUUUAUACUUUAUGUCCUAUUAAAAAGCCUCCACAUUAAACCUGAGGACCCAGUAAGAUUACCAUUACCAGACCUAAGUGAGUCUUUCUAUGCAGACACUUAAGGGUUUGGUCCAUUUCUCCAUCCUCAUUCAGCUCACCCCGCCACCCAGUGGACAAGCUGUGCCAUUACAAUGUGCC